GCGUUCGAUUAUUCGAUAAACAACAAGUGCAUAGCUAAAUCGAACAGAAAACGUUCAGUGAAAUCGACAGUGAGUGAAUUUUAGUAGAACUAAUCAAUUGCAUAUUGGUAACGUUACAGAUAAAGAAGCUUCUCUCAUAAAAUGUGGUUCUUCAGUAAAAUGUGUACGAGCAAAGCACGGCUUGACGGCCGAACUGUUGUAAUAACAGGAUCAAGUGCUGGUAUCGGCAAGGAAACUGCCCGAGAUUUGUACGCGAGAGGUAGUUUAUAUAAGAGUAAAAUAACAAGAAAAUGAGAAUAAGGUUAUAUAAGAAGGUGAUGCAUGAGCGUCCGACUAUUCGAUAAAUGCACAGCAAUAAGUCAUAGCUAAAUUGAACAGAGAACGUUUAGUGAAAUCAACAGUGAGUGAAUUUUAGUAGAAAUAGUCAAUUGCAUAGUGAUAACGUUGCAGAUAAAGAAGCUUCUCUCAUAAAAUGUGGUUCUUCAGUAAAAUGUGUACGAGCAAAGCACGGCUUGACGGCCGAACUGUUGUAAUAACAGGAUCAAGUGCUGGUAUCGGCAAGGAAACUGCCCGAGAUUUAUACGCGAGAGGAGCUAGAGUAAUUCUAGCUUGUAGAAAUAUGGAAAAAACACGUAAAGCAGUUGACGAUAUAAAAAAUAAUCCACCUUCAUGGAUGACAAAAGAUGAAUAUAAGAACAAUGUAGGUGAGCUUGCAAUUUAUUUUCUGGAUCUACGUAGUUUAAAGAGUGUGAGGGAUUGCGCUAAAAAUUUACUAACAAACGAAGCAGCUAUUCAUAUACUUAUAAAUAAUGCUGGUAUGGCUGGGUUUACAUACGAACAGACGGAAGAUGGAAACGAAACAACACUACAAGUCAAUCAUCUAGGCCAUUUCCUUUUGACACUUCUACUUUUGCCAAAAAUGAAAUUGUCUUCUCCCAAUUGCAGAAUUGUCAAUGUCUCAUCUCAUGGACAUAUUUUUGUUGACAUAGAUUUCGAUGAUAUUAAUUUAGAGAGAGCUUACACACCAUUUAAGAGUUAUGCACAAAGCAAAUUGGCUAACAUUCUGUUCACUAAGGCACUCGCUCAUCGAUUAAAAGAAGCAAAUAUUCAGGGAAUAAAUGUAUAUUCUUUGCAUCCUGGUGCUGUAACGACCGAAAUAUUACGCGAUACCAACAGUAUAGUAUUGCGUAUUUUUUCGUGGAUUGCACCAUUAUUUUUUAAAAAUGUUGUGCAAGGUGCGCAAACAACAAUAUAUUGUUCAGUUGACGAAAAGACAGCUAAUGAGACUGGACUUUAUUACUCAAACUGUAGUGUUGCCCGUUCUUAUCGAAAAGCAAACGAUCCUGAAUAUCCUGAAAAAUUGUGGAAUGUAUCCUGUCGUCUUUUGCAUCUGGAACCGGACGAAAAUUUCACCACAUUUUUGGAAACCGUUUCACGUCAAAUACUAUAAAAACCUUUCUGUUUUCUUUAAGAAAUUAUUACGAAAAUUUUUAUUAAGGUAUUUUAUAAAAUAAUAAAAUUAUAAAAUAAUGUAAUAAAAUAAUGUAAAACAAAAUAAUUAAUUAUUUACAGUUUUUCCAGGAAAAAAUUAUAUAAACGUUAAUGCAAACAAGAACGUAAUGUAAUACAAAGUUUUCAUUUUUACACGCAAUUUUACCCACAAUCUUUAACAUGACCAAAUAAAAUAAAUGGCAAGAAUAUACUGACAAGAAAAGUGUUUCGUUGAUGUGUUUCAAUCAUAUUUAUCAUUAUACUUUAAAUAUGUAUUUUGUUUUAACAGAAUUAUAAUUUCCAACUAGUUAUGUAAAUACUGAGUAUUUAAUCUUUCAGAAUUAUAACAAUAAAAAACAAUAUAUCUAUUUCUUUUUUUAUGACUUACUUUAUAUGAGCGUUAAUUUUCAUUAAUUAUAUUAUUAGCUAACAUAGAAUAUAAAAUAGUUUUGAUAAAUCAGCGAAAAAUAAAAGCUGUUGUGUCUAUAAAAAAGUAUGUUUCAAAGUCAUAAUCACUUAUGCAAUAAUAUUAAAUUACAUUAAGUCGGCAUAUUAAAUUACAAAAAAGUGAAUUUUGUGUCGCAACUAAAUAAUUUAUUUUGGCCAAAAAAACCAAGCAAAUUGGAUGGAAAUUAUAUAUUCAAAUAUUCUUACGUAGGCACAUACUUGUGUUUUUUUCAAUUCGAAAAGAACAUUCGGUUUUUUUAAUCUUAUUGCCAACAUAAUUUGCGUUUAGCACACACGAGCCUAGUUUUAUUUAUUGAUUAAAUAGUUUAUCCUUUGUUACAACUCUGAAGAUGUAACAUUGAAUAAUUUAUAUAAUUAGCCUGAAAUUAGAAUCGUGUUAAAGCAAGAUGCAAAAAAUGAAAUCGAUUCUAUUACACUAUUGACAAUCGAUUCGCAAUGCGUUAACUCGCUCGGCUGUGCGAGUUUCGGUCAAUUCUGUGGGUUAGUUGAUGCAGUACGUGCCCCAAUAAAGCCGGCCGGUUGUUUCGAAUCCCGUAGCUCGAUUCGCCUAUAACUCAUGGCCGAUGGACUAGCUAGAGCGCAUUCGUUCUCGUUUUUCGUACGUCCGAUGCAAAGGCUCUGUUAUAGAUCGAACUGGUUUCAAGAGAUACUCUCCUCCUCCGCUGUCUCGUUCUUUUCCACGUCGUUCAUUUCAUCGCGUUUCUUCUUUCCACAUUCCCCUCUCCAGCCCUUUCUCUCCCUCCUCUCUCCAUUCAAGGAGAGAAUGGAGGCUACAAAAAGACCGGAAAACCGCAGGAUCAAAGAAGGGGAACGGAAAAGAGGUACAAAAUAGAGAGAGAGAGAGAGAGAGAGAGAGAGAGAGAGAGAGAGAGAAAGAGGAGAAAGGAGAACAGAGCGACGAACAUCCAGCUCGACAUUCCACGAGAUCUCCUCUAUCUUCUUUCGAUACUUUUUAUCCCCCUUUAUUCCGUCUGUUUCUUAUCAUGCCGCCGUUGCUCUUCCCCGCGUCGUGCCACGCGAGGAAUCUCGACCGUCGUAUCGACUACCGUGCGACUAUAUAAGACGGAUAUAAAGGCGUUCCACGGGAUACGAAACUUUAUUCAGGAACUUAGGGCCUCAGUAGUCUCGAAAAGACCAAAGGAACAAGGCAGGAAUACCACUGCACCAUGCUUCAGAGACUAUAGAUCGACACGCGAAUCGAUGGUGUGACGUUUCCCGUUUCGGUAUUUUUAGAAAGUUGAGAAGAGCUGCCGCAUUUUUCCUAAAAACACUUCCGACUUUGUUGAAAAUAUAAUUUUUAACAUAAUGAUCUUAUUGUCCAAGAGUAUUAUAUAUAACACUGUUAUCUAUAAAUUAUUGAGAAUCACUAUUUAUGCAACAUUCUGUUUUGUGCUUAGGAAUUACAAACGUUCUGCCAUAUAUAAUAUAUUGCAUAAAUUAUAACAGGAUAAUGUUAUAAAAAGAUUUAUGAACAUUAUGAAUCAUUGCACAUACAAUAAAAAAAAAAAAAAA